UAGUUUUAUCGUGUAGAUAAGUAGUUGUAUUUUCCACAUGUGAGUGUUUUUGCUUCAACCACUGUGAGGCUAACGUUGUAACGUUAACUUAGCAAGCUUACCUAGCCAUGCCCUAGCUGAUAGCCUUGGGGAACAACAGCAACAACUGUCUUAAAUGGUCAUCGUAUAAAAUGAAAAGAAAUAGCCGACAUCUGUAGCACUUGUCAAUAUUCAAUACGUCAGACAGGCCCUCGUGGAGGUUGUGUAACGUUAAACUGCUGGCUAACGCUGAUGACAAUAAUAAUCUAGCUAACAUUAAGUACAAGACAACUUCGUUUCAUUGUUUUAGACAGAGAUAACGUGACAGGUCACGAGACGGAGAGCGGAUCAUAAAUACAUUAUUGCUUCGUUUGACAAGAUCUGCUGCAAUGCCCUUGUUCUUUUUGGAAAGAUUUCCCUGGCCUAGUCUGCAGUCCUACACUGCACUGAGUGCUCUUGUGCUCGCGGGUUCUGUCUUAAGUGCCUACACUGUUGUGACUGAUCCUGGGUUUGUCACAUCGGUCUCGGAAGAAGCCCAAACGGAGCUUAAAGACCAGAAUGAGGAAGAGCAGAAGGACGACUUCUGGAAUGUUGCUUUCAACGUGUUGUUGUACCUGGUGUCUGACACUCUUUUUGUCUGGGUGAUGGUGAAUACAGCCUGCUGUAUGCUGAUGCUUAUAGCAAAAGCCAUUCAGUAUGUAGUAUUUGGACCACUGCGAGCCGGUGAGAAGCAGCAUUUGAAGGAUAAGUUUUGGAACUUCAUCUUUUACAAGUUCAUCUUCAUCUUCGGUGUGUUGAAUGUGCAGUCUGUGGAGGAAGUUGUGUUGUGGUGCCUCUGGUUUGCGGUGCUCAUCUUCCUCCAUCUCAUGGUCCAGCUCUGCAAAGAUCGCUUUGAAUACCUGUCCUUCUCCCCCACCACCCCCAUGAGUGGCCACGUGCGCGUGCUGGCCCUGCUGGCCUCCCUGCUGCUGGGCUGCUGUGUGCUGGCCGUGCCCUGUGGCCUCAUGGGGCACACGCAGGGCCUACACACCGCCGCCUUCAUGGCUGCCGAGUGUUUGCUAGUUACGGUACGCACAGGACAUGUUAUUAUGAGGUACUCCAUCCACCUGUGGGACCUUAACCACCAGGGCACGUGGGAGAGUAAGAGCACGUAUGUUUACUACACAGACUUCCUCAUGGAGCUGGGCCUGCUCUGUCUGGACCUGAUGCACCACAUCCACAUGCUGCUGUUUGGCAACAUUUGGCUGUCGAUGGCCAGCCUGGUGAUUUUCAUGCAGCUGCGCUACCUCUUCCAUGAGGUCCAGAGGAGGAUUCACCGCCACAAGAACUACCUACGUGUCAUUGAUAAUAUGGAGAGCAGGUUUGCUGUGGCCACCCUAGAAGAGUUAGUGGCUAAUAAUGAUGACUGUGCCAUCUGCUGGGACUCCAUGACCUCAGCACGCAAGCUUCCCUGUGGCCAUCUCUUCCACAACUCCUGUUUGCGCUCCUGGUUGGAGCAGGACACUUCCUGUCCGACGUGCCGCUUGCCUCUGAACAUCAGUGAGGGCGGCGGCGCGGGUGCGACUGAGGAGAGGGGCCGGGAGCCGCUGGACGAUAACCUGCCCCCCAGACCUGCAGCUGACGCCCGCCCACACAUCAACCAGCACAACCACUUCUUCCACUUCGAUGGCUCUCGCAUUGCCAGCUGGUUGCCCAGCUUCUCGGUGGAGGUCAUGCACACCACCAACGUCUUGGGCAUUGUCCAGGCCAAUAACUCCCAGCUCAACGCCAUGGCCCAUCAGAUCCAGGAGAUGUUCCCUCAGGUGCCCUACCACCUGGUUCUGCAAGACCUGCAUUUGACUCGCUCUGUGGAAGUCACCACUGACAACAUCUUGGAGGGACGCAUCCAGGUGCCCUUCCCUGCCCAGGCAGCUGAGCGGACCCCCCCACCAGCCUCUGAGGACCCGGCAGGAGCCUCUGAUGUGCCGGACACGGCGGCUGUGGAGACGGAGGACUUUGAGAUGAGGGGCAGCCGCUUCUCCAAGUCUGCAGGCGAGAGACAGAAGAUGCUCCUGCAGAGGAAAGAGGAGCUGCUCCUGAGGGCUCGCAGGCGUUUCCUGAGUAAGAGCCCUGCUGAAGGCCCCUCCAGCUCGCUCUACGCGGCCACGGCGGAUGGCGAUGACGAGGGACUGGCCGCAGGGGACGAAGGUGCUCGGGCCUCGGACUCCAUGAGCGUGCGGCGCAGGAUGCUGGCGGCGGCCGCCGAGCGGCGCUUGCAGAGGCAGCCCGAGGCCCCCCAGUGAGGCCCCGCCCCCCCAGUGAGGCCCCGCCCCCGCCCCCACCCCCCCGCGCAGCGCCGCCUCCUCCUCCCAACGCCCCCCACACUGCCCAGGAGGCCCACGGACACCUCCAUCACAUCCGUCACCAGCACAGGAGGCCACGCGGCGCUCUCCCCCUCCACUGGCCCAGCACUGCAUCCGUUGGUAGUUAGAGAGGGGGAGAGAAAGAGACAGGGGAGGGAGUGUGUGGAGCCCUGGGACAAAUGGAUUCGGGACAGUGAAGCUUUUGUAAUGACUCUGCACAGCCCUGGCCUGCGACUCUCAGGCCCAGGAUCAGCUAGGAGCUUUUAGGCGCCAAACGGCCCAGCUAACAGAAUCUAUGCAUGUGUCACUUUAUUCACCAAUUCACAGGUAAAUCUCAGAGUGAAGUCCUAGAACUGGACCCUGCAGACGACGUGAAAUUCUUUCCGCUUGAGAGCUGUGUGUUAUUAACUUCUGUAGAGCGUGUGCCAAUUUGCCAAAUGAUCUGUGGAUUAAAGUAUUGAAUAUUUCAUGCCAAG